GUACAAAACCACAAACAUGAAUAACCAAUAAUGUCAGAUUUACGGAAACUGUCAAAUAAUUUACAAAAUUACACACAUUCAUUACAUUACAUACAUACAUAAUUCAUAUAUCAAAUUUAAAUAAAAAAAGCACAUAAUGAAAAAAGAAACUUGUGAUGAUAAAUAUUGUGAUAUUGAGCAAGAAUUAUGCGAUAGGAUAAAAUCAUAUUUUUCAAGAGAAACACAGACAGAAUUUCAAAACUAUCCGAAAUGUGGCGAUAUUUUUAUAACAGUAGAAAACGAACCAUUAUUGAAUUGUAGCUUUUGUAAUAAAAACAGCAAAACAUUAGAAGAAUUUUGGAAUCACUUAUUUGAACAGCAUUCUUUUAUUACAAAAAAAAUAGCAAUACAUGUUGGAAAUGAUCUAUUUACUGAAACAUUUGAUUCAGAUUCUCUUUGUAACAGCAGGGAACUAAAUCAAGAAUUUGAUUAUAGCGAAAGUGAAACCAUUAUUUCAGAUCCUGUUUGCAAAUCUGAAAAUCUUAAAAAAGCUAACAUCGGUUCAAAUAGUGAUUCACUUAAAUUUGAUGCAGAUUGUGAAAGGAAAAAGGUUGAUAAAGCUAUCAAAAUUAAUACUGAACAAGUUCCAAAAGGCUAUUGGCAAUGUAAUAUUUGUAAAUUAGUAUUAAAAAGAGGUGAAGAAAGAAAAUUACAUGAAAAAACUCAUAAGGGUGUGAAAAGGCUUAUAUGCGAAACAUGCGGCAAAGGUUAUACUUCUAGAAACCGCCUUUUAGAUCAUAUUCGCACUCACACAGGUGAAAAACCAUUUAAAUGCCGUUUUUGUCCAAAAACUUUCUUUUCUCAUUCAUCCAUGAAAUCACAUGAUAAAACACAUAUAGGAUUUAAGCCAUUCAAAUGUGAAAAUUGUAACCAUUACUUUAAAACCAAACUAAACAAACAAAUUCAUGAGAAAAAACAUCACAACGAAAAUGAUGUAUCAAAGCGAAAUGAAAUAAAUUUAAAAUUCAGUUGCAGUUUGUGCAAUAAAAGCUUUAAGUGUGCUGAUUAUUUAACACUUCAUCUUAAACGUCAUGAAGAAAGAUUAUCUAAAAAUUGUUCCAAACCGUUUGAAUGUAGUUUUUGUCCGUCAACCUUCAUCUCUAACGUUAACAAAAAUGCUCAUGAACGGCUGUAUCAUAAAGGAGAAUACAACUACAAAUGUGACUUUUGUGGUAAAAGAUUCCUGAAACUCAAUAAAAAGCGUCAACAUGAAGAAAUGCACACACGAAUUGAUAAUCCAUAUAAAUGUGAUUUAUGUGAAUGCGAAUAUGCCAGGCCUGAAGGUUUAAAAAAACAUAAGAAAGCCAAGCAUACAAACGAAUCCCCAUAUAAAUGCAAAAUAUGCCAUAUUGGAUUCGAAAGUUCAAUUUUAUUCCAAGAACAUUGUAAGCAACACAAUGCGGAAGAAAAAUUAUAUGGAUGCAGUUUUUGUGAGGCUCGAUUUGAUACAGAAAUCAGGCUUAAUCGUCACGUAAUGAAAAUGCAUAAAUCAAUUCACCUUAAUAAUCCAGAAACAACCAAUACAGAAAAAAAUUCUGAUGAAAUCAAAAAAACAAAUGUUCUUUAACGAAUAUUUAAAUACAAAAAAGCAUUAUGUAUGCGUACAUUCUUAUAUAUACAUACAUAGGUUGAGUGUUUGGUUCGGUUAACGGUCACUUUGCUUUGACUGCUCAGAUUUCAAUAUUGUAUGAAAUGAGUGACAUUGUUUCACACACGUUGCAAAGAAA